AUGAAACGGGUUAGAAUCAUAGUCAAGGAAAGGUCGUGGGAUGUGGGCUUCCCCGACCUACUUUGUCAUAUUCUCUCCUACGAAAUCCCUCAUGACCUGAGGGUGAAACCGGGAACACUGAACACGAUGCCUAAGCCCUCUUCCGUCGUAUUCGGACUCGUGGAACCUUCCAAGCUGUGUCCCAAGAGACUUUUCGUGGCUAUUGGGCCACGAGGCAAGUGGCGCCUCUAUAUAUCUGAUGACCUGUUAAUGACGCAGUAG